AAAUUUCACAAGAAAAUACAGAUAGAGAGAGAGAGUUUUCCUGAGAAAGAAGAGAGAAGUUUUUCCGAGAAAGAGACAAUGGGAGAUUGCAGACCUUUGGGUUUUUUAAUUGGACUGCCAUUUGCUUUGGUGGCUCUGGUUUUAUCAGCUUUGGGUGCAGUAAUCUGGAUUCUUGGGACUAUAUUGAGUUGCUUGUGCCCAUGUUGCAUAUGUUGCGUUGGAGUGGCUAAUCUGGCCGUGUCUUUGAUGAAGCUUCCUUUCAAAGUCAUAACAUGGUUCACCGAACAGAUUCCUUGUUGAAGUUAUUAUAAACAACACUUUUUUUUUAUAUAUAUAUAAUUGGUUAAUAUUCUUUUUAUUUGUAUUUUUUUUGUCUUUAUCUUUGGUUGAUUCUUUCUUUCAUGUGCUUUGAGGAAUUCUUUAAUUCUAGUGUUCAGAUGAGUUGACCAUGUUCA